AUUUGAAGUCACUAUAAUGCAACUCCCAGAGGUGCGUAGUUGUUUUUGUUGAUCCUCAGCCAAACAUUUUUGUUUUGACGAUGGCUGACGGAGGAAGAUCUGCUGAUUUGCAGCCGUCAGUGCUUGUCAAAAUCUUCUCGGCCGGGGCGGCCGGAUGUGUGGCGGACCUGGUCACCUUCCCGUUGGACACUGCUAAAGUCAGGCUGCAGAUACAAGGCGAAGCCAAACCCUUGGUGAGAGGCCAGAGGGCCACAUACCAAGGUGUGUUUGGUACCAUCUUCACCAUCGUAAACUCUGAGGGGGCUAGGGGACUUUACAACGGACUGAUCGCCGGCCUGCACAGACAGAUGAGCUUUGCAUCAGUGCGGGUUGGCCUGUAUGACACCAUGAAGCACUUCUACAGCAGCGGCUCAGAGAAUGCCAGCAUUGUGGUUCGACUGCUGGCAGGCUGCACCACGGGGGCCAUGGCGGUGGCGGUGGCCCAGCCCACCGAUGUGGUCAAAAUCCGCUUCCAGGCGCAGGUCCGUAUGCCGCAAGGCAGCGCGGCAACCAGGUACACCAGCACCAUGGAAGCCUACAAGACCAUAGCCAGGGACGAAGGGAUCCGAGGACUUUGGAAAGGUUGUCUGCCAAAUAUCACUCGCAAUGCCAUCGUGAAUUGCUGCGAGAUGGUCACCUAUGACAUCAUCAAGGAGCGUAUCCUGCGGUCCAAGCUGAUGACUGAUAACAUGCCCUGCCACUUCACGGCUGCCUUUGCCGCCGGCUUCUGCACCACCGUGGUGGCGUCUCCGGUGGACGUGAUCAAAACGCGCUACAUGAACUCCCUACCUGGACAGUAUAGCGGCGCCUUUAAUUGCGCUUUCACUAUGCUGUUCAAAGAAGGACCCACAGCCUUUUAUAAAGGAUUCCUGGCAUCCUUCUUGCGCUUGGGCUCGUGGAACAUAGUUAUGUUUAUGAGCUACGAGCAAAUCAAAAGAGGGAUAGCAAGACUGCACAAGUCCCUGGAGUCGCGGCUUUAACCCGUCCAACCAGUUGUCAUUUCGUAAGGGGAAAACUUGACAUUACCGCUAAGAUACAUAAAUCAUAUACUAUAGUACAUGGCGCGGGAUGGUGCCAUUGAGCUAUGAACUGGCCCGAGUAGGGCUCCAUUGUUUAAUCUUACACACCUAUUUACAUACUCAGUGCAUUAAUAUUUACCUAAUCAAGUCAGAAGAUGAAUGAAGGAAAGUCUUGUCAUAUUUAACAAAAAGAAUUUUGCGCUCCUUCCCCCUGUGAAAAUUUUUACUUAGUAUUCUCACAGAAUUUUUCAAUUGUAAAUAAUAAAAGUACGUACUAAUAUCAGUACAGUACAUUUGAGUACAUUUAUUUUCUUGUAUUUGAGAAAAGAAUUGCUAAUUCAUUUGAUUUUGAUGAAAAUGCAACUAAGUAAUGAGAGUAAUAUAAAUAUAACAUAUACUAUAACAUAUUUAUGGUAGCUUUUUUUUUUUUUUAAUUAAAUCUACCUCGGUUGAGAAUGGCCCCAUCUAUAAAUUUUUUUUUUUUUUUAAGUGAGAGAGAGAGAGAGAAACAGAUGGAGUAAAUCAUUCAUUCAAAUCAUUUUUUUUUUUUUUUUUCUAAUAUGAAAAAAACAUUUCUAAAAUGUUUUGGAAGGAUGUUCUCUGGUCAGAUGAGACAAAAGUAGAGUUUUUUGGGGAAACAGAGUUUACAGGGGGGAAAAAACAUGGCGAAGAUUCCCUGAUGUUUUGAGGUUGCUUUGCUGCCUCUGGCACUGGACUGUUUGACCGUGUGCAUGGCAUUAUGAAGUCCUAAGACUACCAACAAAUUUUGCAGCAUAAUGUAGGGCCCAGUGUGAGAAAGCUGGCUCUCCCUCAGAGGUCAUGGGUCUUCUAGCAGGCCAAUGACCCAAAACACACUUUAAAAAGCACUAGAAAAUGGUUUGAAGGAAAGCACUUAGGCAGGUUGCUAACCGUUAUAUGCUAUUGUUUUGCCACAACAGGAUUUUUACCUUAUUACUCCUUAUCCUUCACACAGCCGUUGGAAACAGAAAUGUCGUUUAAACCAUCUGCAGGUGACAGAAAGAUCAGGAUUUUACGACACUGUGCGGGUGUGCUCUCAUCCUCAUGGGAAACGCAGUCUUCCUUCAGGCAAAACACUACCUCUUAGUUAUCUAGUGUUGCUUUAAGGGUUAAAGCGGGAAAUUCGUAUAAGACGAUAACACUGUUCAUCUCCAUGUGUGUGCGUCCUAUUUGCAGUUGAAUUUUCAAUUUCAAGGAAUCGCUAUAUUUUUCAUAUGAAAUUUGUAUUGAAACUUGUGUUACCCCAGGGCCGUUUGUAGUCUUACAGAAAUUGUGGUAAACUGAACAUGGACCUAUGCAGAAAACUGCAAUUACCUCUUUUGGAGGAUUGACAAAGUAUUGAAACGAGGGUCUCUUUGAAUAUCUGUGGCACAAUAAAGCUAAAAAAUGUAACUUGCUCUGAUCCUUUUUCUUAAUCAAGUUUUGUUUGCUAUAAAAAGCUCAGUCAGUCAGUCAUAUGCAAACAGGCUGAAAAGAUACAAAUCUUUCCUUUGUUAGUUGAGCUAAAACAACAUUUAAAUGUUGCAUUUAUGGGAGGCAAACUAGAAAUUUCCAUGGGCAUAAUGUCUACAGAAUCGACUUUGUUCACAGAAUUGAAUCCUAUUUGUCGAACCUGAUUGCUGGCUGUUCAAGUUUUUCAGGAUUGUUAUCUCCGCAGACAGUGGCGUGUUUUCCUGUAAACUUAAGCUUGUUCCGCCCAAAAGCACCAGUGGCGGAACAAAUGUGAACAGGGCCACGGGUGCGAUGCGUAGCAACAGCCCCCCCCACCCCUCGUACCUGAUAUUUUGACACCUGUACAGUAUAUUACAGCUAUAAGCUAGAGAUGCCGAUCGAUCGGGUCCGAUCACGUCAUUUUCAAAGUAUUGGAAUCGGCAAAAAAAUAUCGGUCAUGCCUUUUUUUAAUAUAUAUAUAUAUAUAUAUUUUUUUUUUUUAAUUAAAUUGUUUUCUAAUUGUAUUUAACGUUACAGACAUAAUAUGUUACACUCAUCCAGAGUCUUUAGGCUUAAGGUAGGGUUAUCAAAUUUAUCCCGUUAACGGCGGUAAUUAAUUUUUUAAAAAAUUUAUCACGUUAAAAUAUUUAACGCAAUUUACGCAUGUGCUGCACGACCCACUCACGCAUUCUCGCGUACAAUCUGUAAUGGCGCCGUUUUACCUAUAUAUAGAGCUAAAAGGCAGCGUAAAAGGAGUAGAGUGAAUUUUGGCAGCCUUUGGAGCCUUUUUCUAAUUGGCUAAAGCCUUACAAUCCUUCUCCCUAUGAUUAGAAAUAUCGUGGGAAGCAAUGUGGGGAAGAAAGGUAGUAAUUGAUCUUUUUCUUAACACCUUAUGUUAUUUCCCAACGCAGAGAAGAUAUAUCAAUUGGUACCACUACGCACAGACAUGGGUGCACUUCCCAUCAUGCAUUUGGGAUGGCCACAGUAUCAUUUACUGAAAGCUCAACAAAUAUACUAGAUGGCAAUAUUUAGUCACAAUAUACUAAUUCACAUUUAUCCUUUUAGAAUUACGAGUCUUUCUAUCCGUGGAUCCCUCUCACAGAAAGAAUGUUAAUAAUUUAAAUGCCAUCUUGAGGAUUUAUUGUCAUAAUAAACAAAUACAGUACUUAUGUACUGUUUGUUGAAUGCAUAUAUUCGUCCGAGUUUUAUUCAUUUUUUUCUUAAUGCAUUGCCAAAAUGUAUAUGAUCGGGAAAAAUUAUCGGGAACGAUUGGAAAAAGCAAUCGGAUCGGGAAAUAUCGAGAUCGGCAGAUACUCAAACUAAAACGAUUGGAUCGGGAGCAAAAAACAUGAUAUAAGCAUCAUCUUACCUUUCUGUUUGACACACCCCUCACCCAACCACGCCCACUUUACACCAACAAACUGGGCUCUGUUGAGGCUGAGGUGCAACCAAGCACCUCUUUUCAAGCGUAGUGUUUUCUUAGAUACUGAGUCAUGACAUUUUCACCCCGACCCCUUAUUUUCUUGAGGUAAAAAAACAUUAUGAAGGUUGAAUGGCUUCUUAUGAGGAGAUCAGUAGCUGAGAGUGAUACAGCUGUCUGCUUGCAAUUUGGAUGGUGCUACAAAUGCAAACUGUUUUUGUGAAGGCAGCCACUAGGAUAGGAGUCGAGAAUCUUUUUGGCUGAGAGAGCCAUGAACACCACAUUUUUUUAAAACGUAAAUCAGUGAGAGCCAUACAAUAAGUUUAAAACUAAAAAUACAGUACAAGUAAUGUGUGCAUCUUAUGUAAUUUCAACACUUUCAAGGUACAAGGGUUUGUGUUAGUCUGAAUUAUUUUUAAUAACAUCGUUACGCUGUUGCUAAUCAAUGAUGG